AUUAUCCAGAUUCCAGUGUACAAUUUUCACGCGGUGCACGCUGAGAAUACCCGAUACCAUACCGUUGUAAGGUCUACCGACUAUUGGAUAGCGACUACGGUAUCGUAACCGAGGGUUCCAAGUCCAUAUCUAUAUUGUUAAUAGUAUUUGGUUCUUAUUUGAAACAUAUAAGUAAAUAAGAAUGGAUGUUAGUGCUAGUUUUAAUGAGGAUGAUGAAGUUAUCCAACAUUACGAACCCAAUACAGUGUUCAUAGUUGAUCAGUGUUCAUUUGGCAAAGGCACACUUUAUAUUACUGAUAGUAAACUUUACUGGAAAAAUGAAAAUAUGAACCAAAUAGUUAGUAUAGAUUACAAAUCUAUGUGUGUGUUUGGAACAUGCAAUCAUCCAACUGUACAUGAAAAGCCCUGUGUACAAAUUAUAACAGACUUUACAUACAAAUCUGAAAACGAUACAAAUAAUACUAUUAAUGGACAUGUAAGCCAAAAUGGAAGUAAUAAUGUUAUGGAAAGUGAAGAGGAAGAUGAAGAUUCUGAUGGGAAUGAUGGAGUGGAUGAUGAAGAAGAAACGAUGAAGUCUAAAAUAAAACUAGUACCUGAUAAUGGUGAAAGUUUAACAGAGAUAUAUAAUGCUAUUACUCGUGUGCAACCAUUACACAGUACUAAUGAAAUAAACAGUGAUGAAGAAGGCGGAGAUUAUUAUUAUAAUGAAGACGAUGAGUUUGAAGAUUAUGAAGAUGAUAGUGUUGAUCAAAAUUUAAUGAAUUGAAGUUCAUGUUUUCAAAAAUAAAUCUUCAAUAAUGUA